CUUGUGGAUCCUGACUAUACCUAUGCUAUACCAGAAGGCUCGGGUGGAGAAGUGAAGCUGCCGGCUGGACCUAUAUUGCCAUCUGCCCCUGAUCUCCCUCCAAGACCUUCAUUUUUGGAAUUGAUGCCAGAAUACGUGCUGGUGUUACCCUCGACCCAUCAAUCAUCCUCAUCCUCUCGGUCAUUUCCUUCAAGCACAUCAACUGCCUCAUCAUUUACCUCUAAAGCAAAUAAGGAGCUGCUGCCAGGAAACCCCAAUGUGGUUCUUGUCAGUUUAGGAAAAUUGCUUGCAGAGGAAAGAGUGCAACCCAUACAAGGAAGGCCCACCUCAUGUUCCCAGUGUGGCUCUGUGUUGGACAACUCCUAUGACAACAAGCAGGUUAAAGUGUGCUACUUCUGUUGGUCCCGGAAUUUGACCAGUCCUGCCAGUACACCCAGUUGUCCUGAAAACAUUUACUGGGAUGAGGUUUACCUGCUCAACCCUGAUGACGAGCCCCUGUGUGCUGCCGAGGCCCUGCUGCUCUUCUGUAUCGACUCCUCGGGCUCCAUGAGCGUCACGUCCAACGUGUUGGAGGGAGAGCAGGUUGUCUACAAAACCAGGCUGCAAUUUGUCCAGGGAGCCGUGCUGCAGUGUGUUCAGAGGCUGAGUGAGCAACAAGCUGAGGUCCGAGUGGGGCUCAUCUCCUUCAACUAUCAGGUGACGAUGCACGGCUAUAAGAAUUGUAAAUCCCUGCUUCUGAGUGGAGAUGACCUGAAUGACAGCGAGUACUUGAAGGAGGCCGCAGCCAGUUUUCCCAGUCCACCUCCACUUUCACAAACCAUGGGAUGCUUACAGAGACAAGUCAUAGGUUUAUCUGCGAAUGGAGCCACAGCUCUGGGUCCAGCAGCUCUCCUUGCAAUCACGAUGGCCUCCAGACACCCAGGCUCAAAGGUGAUUAUCUGUACAGAUGGGAAAGCCAACGCCAAGCUGGGGAAUCUAGAAGAGGAAGACAACGAUGCUCGCACGCUCCUCUCAUCCACCAUCUUCUACCAGGACCUCGGGGAGUUUGCUGCUAAUCAGGGUGUGACAGUCUCGGUGCUGUCCAUAGAAGGAACUGACUGCAGGCUGGAUGAGCUGGGACGACUCGCUGACCGCACUGGAGGGAAAGUGGUCAUAGCCAGCCCCAACCAGCUACACUCGGAGUUUGAAGAGAUUAUUCAGAACAGGACCGUGGCUACACACUGUGCAGUAACGUUACUGCUGCCCAAAUCACUGAGUUUGAGAGGAGAAAAGGAGGCUAGACACAAAGGGACCAGAGAGGUGGGGAACGUGAACCCAGAGACGGAGAUCACCUUGCAGUUUGGAGCCAACGAACGGGACACAGAAGUGCCAGCAUUAACUUCUGGCAGCCAUGUGUCCAUCCAGCUGCAGAUCAGGUACAAGAGGAGCAACGGACAGAUGAUGCUCCGAGUGGUGACAGUGGAGCGAGAAAUUAUUGAUGACAGCUCGGUGGUGCUGUCCUCCCUGUCCCUCGCCAUCCUUCAGCUCAACUCGCUGCAGGCCAGCGCCGCUCUGGCUGUCAGAGGCCGCUUCCUGGACGCCAAGAAGGAGGGAGAGCUGCAGCAGCAGCUUAUUGAGAGGGCCAUAGAGUAUAAUCGCAGUACAGAGGACAAACAGACAUUCAAAGAAUGGCUCAAAACCAUGGAGCCAAUAUACAACAACAUGCAUAACUUCACAAGGAACAAGUCUGUCAUUUCUGACUCGCAGACUCUAACUGACGCCGGCGCAGCGCUGUUCUUCAUGAUAAAGCACAGCAACAGGAAGUCCAUUUUACUGAAGGAUUAA